AGUUCAUAAGGAAAAUGUGAUAUAAGUAUAUAUGUUUGAGUCAAUAUUACUAGGGUCAGUGCUAGGAAUUUAAUUGUUAAGGAAAGUGUUGUCUGUUUAAGUAAAAAAAAAGGCAUGCAUGUCCAGGUUUGGACAGAACAUAGCGUUAAAUUUAUCAGUGUUCUUUUAUGAUAGUGACUUUUUUUUUCUUUUUUUCCUUUAAUGCAUUGAAGCCAUGAUAUUUUUUUCGUAAUGCAUUAUUGCUCAGUUAUUUCAUACUUUCUUAUUUGCACCAAAUAGUGGAGGGUAGUGAAAAAUAUAUAAUUUGAUCCAGUGUCGCUGUAUGUUAUAGCUAAAUGUCAAAUUGGGCCGUCAACGUUCACUAGUUUGAUAUUAACAACACAGGAAAAGUUAACUUUUUAGAUUCUGGAUUUAAAUAGAUUUCCUCAUUCGAACGGUAUAGUCGUCUCAUUAGAGCAUUUACAAUGCUACUGUCCUUGGUGGUGCACACAUAUUCCAUGCGGUACUGGUUCCCUGCCGCUGUAAUGUUGGGCACAGCCCCAGCGUACUUGCUUUCUUGGAGUGCCUGGCGGCUCCUCUCCACGGUCCUUCCAGCUAGGUUAUACCAUGGUGUGGACGAUCGUAUUUACUCAGUCUACCAGAGCAUGAUCCUUUUCUUCUUCGAGAACUACACAGGGGUCGAGGUAGUUAUUUAUGGAGAUAUACCAAAGAACAAAGAGAAUGUGGUCUACGUUUCCAAUCAUCAGUGUACAGUUGACUGGAUAAUCGCUGACAUGCUCGCAAUCAGACAGAAUGCCCUUGGACACCUGCGAUAUGUUUUAAAAGAUGGAUUGAAAUGGCUUCCGUUAUAUGGAUGGUAUUUUUCUCAGCAUGGAGGUGUUUAUGUGAAGCGAAGUGCCAAAUUUGAUGAAAAAGCAAUGAGAAACAAGCUUAUUUCUCAAACAGAAUUAGGAACCCCAAUGUAUCUCGUCAUUUUUCCAGAAGGAACCCGUUACAAUCCCGAACUCCAUAAAGUAAUUUCUGCUGGUCAAGCUUUUGCUUGUAAAGAAGGACUUGCAGUGCUGAAGAAUGUACUAACGCCAAGAAUGAAAGCUGCCCAUAUAGCUGUAGACUCAAUGAAGGACCACUUGGAUGCCAUUUAUGAUAUCACUGUAGCAUAUGAAGGAACUCUUGACAGCAAAGGUCGAAGAAAGACUGCUCCAUCUAUGCCAGAGUUCUUAUGCAAGGAAUGCCCCAGAGUUCACAUUUACUUCGAACGCAUCAACAUGGAAGAAGUUCCCCAAGAACCUGUGUUCUUUCGGAGGUGGCUACAUGAUCGAUUCGCUAUCAAAGACAAGUUACUGACUGACUUCUAUGAAUCUGAAGAGCCUGAAAAAAAAAACAAGUUCCCAGGAGAAGGUCGGGUAUCACCACUGAGUAUUAAGAAGACUUUGCCAUCUUUGAUUUUCUUGGGUGGCUUAACAUUGCCAAUGUUGCUGACAGAGUCUGGAAGGAAACUGUAUAUAAACACCUGGGUUUAUGGAACUUUGGUGGGUUGGUUGUGGGUUAAUAUUAGACCAUAAUUAAAACAAACCUUUGAUACCAUUUAUAAUGAGUUUUGAACACCCAACAACCUCUCUUCCCCUAGAACAGUGACUCGGAAACCAGAUACUUAAAUAAAGCCAUUUUUAAAACUGGUGGCUUAUAAACUCAGCUUUACAAGUUGGUGGCUUAUAGUGUACCUUUAACCUUAAUGGAUCUACUACAUAAUUAAAGUACACAGGAAUCUACAUGUCUUUGGCUAUCAAAUGAGCUGACCAAUUUAAAGAACAUUGCUCUUAGUUAUUGAUCUAAGAAUCAGUCUACUUGAAAACAGAUUAAUUACACCAUGAAUUUGUGGCGACCAUUACAAAAAAAAAUAAGUAUUUCAUUUACUCAAAGUAGAGAUAGCCUACUGUAUUUUAAACCAUCACAGAAAGUGAAAGAUAUUGAGCUGAAAUACAUUUACACUGAAUAGAAUAGUGUUGGCAUCACCAGUUUUAAUAGUAAGUAAGAAAUUCAACCAAGUUUAAUAAAUAAAUAAAUAAACAAAUUUACACCGAUUUACUCUCCAUGUAAAACAUUAAGCUGCAGUUUUGAAAGUUGAAACAUAAUAGCUGGUUGGUAAAAACAGAGGCCCCAUAAACACAGUAGUCAUUUAAGGUAAUUUAAAACUUUCAAGCAUAACUGAUGGCAGUUGGUUUUAUGAUUUUUUUUUUUUUUUUUUUUUUUUUUUAAUUUAAUUUAAUUUAAUUUUUUAUAUCACCAGUUAUCACAAUCCAGAUGAACAGACAUGAUCAUAUUACAUUGAAUCCAGUGUGUAUAGGUAGUAUCAUGUCUUUAGUUUAGAUGUGAUUGCUUUGUAUAGUUCUUGAAAAUUUCUACUCUGCUUUGUAUAACCAUGGCUUUAUACACGCUUUGCAAGCUUCAUCGUAUGUGCAAGAGCAAUUGGCAUUGAUAAAUAGAAGUUAACUAUUUCUAUAUUAAUACAGAUGUGCCCACAUUUUUCUUGCUUUCACCACUUAAAAUAAAACUUUUUUUCACCAGAUUCAGUUUAGUUUUUUUUUUUUUUUUUUUUUUUUUUUUUUUUUUAAAUUCAUCCUUAGACAAUAUUUGAUGAAGUUCAGACAAUGUAAAUGGCUAGUUUACUGAAAUUUGUCCUGCCUAAACAAAUAAAUCAAAUGGAAGUAUGAACAUUUAGGAGUGCAUGUGAUAGUUUUACCUCUGUUUUAGUUUCUGAUUUUAAUUUAGCAGUUGUGCAACAAAGUAUAAAAAUAGAGCAGAGAGUCUUUGUUUAUUGGCAGUAGGUGUUAACAAGUACAUUACUUGCAUGCAAAUUUUAUAAUGCCAUUAUACACAGUUGCUGUUUUAUUCCUGUACCAAGAAAAAAAAAUUGUUCACAACGAUUGCAUUAAUGUACCAAAUAAAAUCGAAACCAUUGACUAUCAUGAAAUUAAUUAGGGAAAAAAAAUAUUGAUUUGUAUGCUUGCUAGACUUCAUAAAUGUAAUGCUCUAAUUACGCUAAAUUGAAACAUAUUUACUUCUGAUGCUGCCAGUGCAAGAACAUUAAUUCCAUAUCUUUUUGUAAAUUUAAAAAAAAAAGACAGUUUUUAACUUGAAGCCGUACCAAAAGUAUUAUUAAUGGAGGUCUUCAAAAAAAUGUUAUUUUUUAAUUUGGUCAUAAUGCAGCAUAAACAGUAUUUACAGACGAGAUCCACUAUCAGCAGAUCUGAUAAAUGUGUUUACUUAAAGUGCCAUUUGUUCCAGAUACUGUAGUAUGUGCCUUCAGCCUGAGUGGGGUUUAUACUUAACUUGCAUAUCGAGGACAAUCAGUGCAGGCUAUACUAAAUGCCAUAAUUGUUAGAAUUGCUAUGGUGAAUGUGCUGAAACUCCCUCUAGUGGAUUACAAUUAAAGUUAUUAUCACAGCACAAUACACUACACUAUUUAGAAAUACAAAAUGUGUUUACAGUAUUUUCAUGUUGCAGGUUACAUUUGUUAUACUUGGGAGCCAAGCAAUGUGUUUCAAGCAGUCAUAUAGUAAUUUUUAAUAAUCUACAAUGGUAUUAUUACUAUGGCUUAAAUAAGGGUGUCUUAUGGUGUCAUGUCACCCCCCACACCCAAAGUGAGAAGCCCUUUUGUUGUAUACCUCAGCCAACAAGUAUAUGCAGAGUAAAGAAAUUGCACAUCAGCUAGAAAAGUGGUAUACCGUAAGUUUGUGUUUGCUUGUCUGUCUUCAGGUAAGAUUUUGAUUUCUUUUAAUUGAUUUUGCUUUUUUAAUUUCACUUUUGCUGCCUUUAAAUGUGCAUCAUAACAUGCUAUUUUAUUUUGUAAGGAGACAGUGUACUCUAUACACAUUUGUGCGCAUGACUUUGCUUUUCAAUAAACUAUUUAUGUGAAAUAAAUUAUA